UGAUUUAUUGAAAACACGAGAAACAACGUCUUUAGUAGAAAAAUUAGCUUGUGUUCCAUUCACCUUAAGACUAAAUUUAUAAAAUGUUUACAUGGUUGAAAAAUCGUAACGUGUAAGGCCCUGACACGAGUCAAACAGCUGAUCACUUUGGAUGCGGGUGCUUUUCCGAUGAAUAAAUAAAUAUUUCCGUUAAAAUAAGCCUGUAAGGCUAUUUAGAAACCAAAAAAAAAACUAAUGCGACGCAUUUAUACAGCAGCCAAAGCCCAAAUAAUGUCGAAAAACAAAGGAAAAGGUAAGGCAACGCCCGCUGCCGCUGCGACAACCCCGCCUGCCGCUAACACGCCGGUCACACUGGACAAGAGCGGCAACAUUGUCAUCAAGAUUCUGGCGAAGCCGGGUGCAAAGCAGAAUGGCAUCACGGACAUUGGACUAGACGGCGUUGGUGUCCAGAUUGCUGCACCGCCCAGUGAAGGUGAAGCGAACGCCGAGUUGGUCAAAUUUCUGUCCAAAGUGCUGGGGCUGCGCAAAAGCGACGUCUCCCUGGACAAGGGUUCCCGUUCCCGCAACAAAAUAGUACUCGUAACUAAGGGCGCGUCCACAGUGGAAGCCAUAGAGCAAUUGCUGCGUAAGGAAUGCGAAUCUUAGGCGUAAUAACAUAAAAAUCUGUAUUUGGUAGUUAAUAAACGACUAAUUUUUAAACACA